AAACUUGCCCCGCUUGUUCGCUUACGACUCUCACGUUCACCAUUCCCCCCGUAUUCCCCCUGUCGCCUCCGCCGCAAAAUGUUCUUUAAGCUUAGCGUCCUUGUGGCCCUUGUUCCUUUCGUCGCGUGCCUCACAAUCAACACGCCGGAGAAUCUUUCUUCUGGGGGCACUACCACCAUCUCUUGGUCCACAAGCUCUGGAGAUCCGUCUGUAUUUUCUUUGGAGCUUACGAACGUAGUCUUCCACAAUUCGUUCGCCAUCGCGAAUAAUGUCCAGAGUUCGGCUGGUAGUGUGACUCUUCAGCUCCCUGCUGUUCCGCCCGGUGAUGGUUACACUCUCGAGGCUGUGAAUAUUACCAACAUCAAUGAUGUAAUUGCAACUAGUGGAGGCUUCUCCAUUGCUGCGGCAUCCAGCAUUGUCGCAUCCAGCACUUCCGCACCGGCUACCUCUGCUUCGAGUGCGGCCAGUGCAUCUGGCACCGGGAGCGCCGCUACCACUCCUGCGACCAGUAGCAGCUCCUUUGGCCGCACAGUAGCUGCUUCCUCGACCCUUUCGGGCUCGGCUUCUGGCUCUGCGUCUGGUUCUGCUGCGUCAUCGUCAACAUCGCCGACUAGCUUCAACGCCGCGACACACAUUAAGGCCUUGAGUGCUGGUUCCAUUGGUGCAAUGGUCGCUGGUGCAGUUGUCGGGGCUGCAGUCUUCGCACUAUAGGUGAUGGGUCUCGUCUGUUUCUCUUCUCGGACUGUGAACUUUUUGGGACUUUUUGAGACGGUCUUCUCCCCAUGAGACUUCUCUUUGAACUUUUCGGUUUUGUACCGUCUUGUCGAUAUCCUUGCAGGAAUGCGUACAUACCACUCGAUACACUCGUUCGAUAUUGUCUACAUAGCGUAUCUAGUGUCUAGUACUUGUCUGUUCUAGAUUUAUUUGGAGAGGCCUUACGG